UCAUUCCGAUUCAGGUGAACUGGUAAACAACUUAUAUGAAUUUCGUUUCAUUUUUACUCUGAUUCCAGAAUAUUUAAGUAAACACCUUCAACAUGAAUCUGAUUCUGACUGUUUCUCAAUCCAAUUCCUCUACUUUGAUUACGGUUAUGUAAACGCGCCCUAAGAUCAGAACAAGGAAACGAGCACUUGUUUCCUAUAUGGAUUUUAAUAGGGAAUCCUAAUCUGUUAUGGUAAAGAUUAUAUGUAUAUAUAUAGUGGCCUCUCUUCUCAAAGAACACACGCUCAUAUUUGGACUUAAACCUAUAAGUCGAGCUCUUGAUAAUCUGCGAGAGAACAGAAGGCACACUGAAAGCUUGCUGCCAUGGCCUCGAGUUCUGCAACUGGUGCAGAUCAUUUGGCGCAUGAGAGGAGCAAGGCUAAGUUUGAUGUUGAGGCAAUGAAGAUCGUCUGGGCGGGUUCUCCCCACGAAUUUCGAGUCUCUGAUCGAAUGGCUCACCUCGUGGCUAGUGAUCCGAGCUUUCGACGGGAGAAUAGAGCUGUGCUAAGUAGGAAGGAGUUGUUCACAAAGGCUCUGAAAAAAGCUGCUCAUUCCUGGAAAAGGAUCAUUGAGCUUGGGCUUUCAGAUGAAGAGGCUUCGUGGCUAUGGUUUUAUGUGGAUGAACUGACAUUCGCUUACAUUCAUUGGGGAAUGUUUGUGCCCGCUAUCAAAGGGUCAGGCACGGAAGAGCAGCAAAACAAGUGGUUGCCGUUGGCAACCACGAUGCGCAUAAUUGGUACUUAUGCACAAACUGAACUCGGACAUGGCUCGAAUGUUCAAGGGAUUGAGACCACCGCGACAUUUGAUCCAACGACUGACGAGUUCAUCAUCCAUAGUCCUACACUCAGCUCGAGCAAAUGGUGGUCUGGUGGAUUGGGGAAGAUUGCAACUCACGCUGUUGUCUAUGCCCGGGUUAUUACUCAUGACGGCCAAGAUCAUGGCGUGAAUGGCUUCAUUGUCCAAAUUCGGAGUUUGGAUGAUCACUUGCCUCUUCCGGGCGUAACAGUUGGUGAUAUAGGAACAAAAUUUGGAAGCGGAGCUUUCAAUUCCGUGGACAAUGGUGUUCUAAGAUUUGAUCACGUGCGAAUACCAAGAAAUCAAAUGCUGAUGAGGGUGGCACAUGUCACAAGAGAAGGAAAAUAUGUGCUGUCCAAUGUUCCUAGGCAGCUGCUUUAUGGAACUAUGGUUUAUGUGAGGAAAGUUAUUGUAGUUGAUUCUUCAAUUGCUUUAUCAAGAGCAGUGUGUAUAGCUGCUCGAUAUAGCAGUGUUCGUCGACAAUUUGGUUCACAAAAUCGUGAGAUUAAUGGUAUCGCGGUUGAGACCCCAGUGAUUGAGUACAAGACUCAGCAAAGUAGACUUUUUUCUCUGUUAGCUUCUGCCUAUGCUUUCAGAUUCAUUGGUGAGUGGCUGAAAAGCCUAUAUACCGAUUUGACACAAAAACUGGAAGCGAAUGACUUUUCAACAUUAGCUGAAGCUCAUGCAUGCACGGCGGGUUUGAAGUCCUUGACUACAUCUUCAGCUGUUCAUGGGAUUGAAGAAUGCCGGAAACUAUGUGGUGGCCAUGGAUACCUAAAUAGCAGCGGGCUUCCCGAGUUAUAUGCUGUUUUCGCACCUGCGUGUACGUAUGAAGGGGACAACACUGUUCUGCUUUUGCAGGUUGCAAGGUUCCUCAUGAAGACUAUUUCUCAGCUUCCGCAUUCGGAUCAAACUCAUAAGCUUUCUGGAACAAUGGCUUAUAUGGCUCUGAUGGAUCAUUAUUUGAUCAAAUAUUGCUGUAGUGUUGAAAAAGCCGAGGACUGGUUGAAAGCCGAUGUAAUACUCAAGGUAUUCGAAGCAAGGGCCAUUAGAAUGUGUGUUGCUUGUGCUCAAAAUCUUGCCAAGUUUGCAGAUCCAUCAGAAGGGUUUUCUGAACUCUCACCAGAUUUAGUAGAGGCUGCAAUUGCUCACUGCCAGUUGAUCGUUGUCUCCAAAUUCAUUGAGAAAUUGCAGCAGAAAAUUGAAGGAAACGGAGUAAAACAACAAUUGGAGACCCUCUGCUACUUAUAUGCUUUGCAUCUGAUUCACAAAUAUUCAGGGGAUUUUAUUUCCACGGGUAGCUUGAAUCCCAAGCAAGCUUCACUUGCCAAUGAUCAACUUAGAGCUCUGUAUGCCGAGGUUCGUCCAAAUGUUAUUGCCCUUGUUGAUGCAUUUAAUUACACUGACCAUUUUCUUGGCUCAAUUCUUGGAUGCUACGAUGGGAAUGUGUAUCCAAAACUGUAUGAUGAGGCUUGGAAAGAUCCGCUCAAUGACUCAGUUGUAACUGAUGGCUAUCCUGAAUACAUCAAACCUCUCCUCAAUCAGCAGCUCCUAAAUGCAAGGUUAUGAAUUUUAUUUAAUUUCUCUAGCGAUAUUGGAAGAGUGGGAAAUCGAACUACGGAUCUCAGACGCAGAAGUGAAUGCUAGGCUAUGAUUUAAGAAGAAUAAGGUAAAGCAACCAUCUCGGUAGCAACUUUAUGUUUUGUUUUCCUUUAUGCUUCUUGUCCAAAGAACAAUAUAUAACUUUUCUCCUUUAGUUAUCAACUAGCAAUGGAUGCCCGUGCGAUGCUGCAGGGUUGAAAAUACUACGAAAAUUCUGUUUAUUUACAUACAAAAGAUAAUAAAACUUGAUGUGUAUGCAUAAUAUUUACAUAUAAAAGUAUGUAAAUAAAUUUGGUGGAUGGUCAUAUUUUCAUACCAAA